AUGGCAUACACAAAAUUAACAUCGGAGCAACUGAAUAUUUUAAAUUUUGCCACAACUGGCCACAACGUUUGCAUAUUUGGCAGAGCUGGCGUUGGAAAAACAACGGUGGUACAAAAGAUCAGAUCAAAGUUGACUGAAGAAGGAAAGAAAUGCCAGAUUGUUUGUGCAAGUGGAAUAGCCUGCGAAGAGUACAAUGGGGUGGCGAAAACUGUCCACUCUCACUACGGAUUGCAAACGGCUGAAUUGCCACAAUAUAAGUUACUAGAGCGUUGCCUUGAGCGGGGGAACAUCAUUGAGCAGAUUAAAAACAUUGACGUGUUAAUUUGGGACGAAAUUUCUAUGUCAAGUCGACGUCUAUUUAACCUGGUAAAUCUGUUGCACCAGGAAAUAUCAAGCAACCCCUUUCCAUUUGGCGGGCUUCAAGUCAUAUUGGUCGGAGAUUUCUGGCAACUAAAACCAAUUAAGAGUGCGGUAGAUAAUGGAGACCCAGUGUAUGAAUCAGAGUUGUUCGGAGAAGUGUUUCCACAUAGGUUUGAGCUAACCAAAAUUUUACGGCAAGAGGAAUCGGAAGUGAAGUUCAAAGAAGCUUUGAAUAUGAUAAGAAGUGGCAG